UUUCCAGGGAACUAAGCUGCUUUCUAAUUAAAACUGCAAAGAACGAUGGAGAGUUUAGGCAAAGACCACGCUUCUUCGGACUCUUCCCUGCCACCCUCUGCAGCCUGUGAGGAGUAUGCUGUGCCAGAUGUCAUCAUAACCCGUCGCUUGAGAGACCGGGAGUUGCUCAGGAAAAGAAAAGCAGAAGCCCUGGAGAAAGAUUCAGCUCAGUGGGUUAUGAGAGACUAUAAGAACGAACAGCAAAGGAGAGCCAGAAGAGCCAAAAGAGGACGGGGCUGUCAGACAGUGGUCAAGGCUGUCCUGGAGUCAGAGCCAGCAGUGGAGCCCGAUCCAGAGGAGAAGGGGGAGCCAGAGCCCUCGGAGCCAGAGCCCUCGGAGCCAGCGCUGCCUGAAGCAGGCUUUCAACAGCAGCCACCCAUGCUGCCCAUCCAGAACAUGGUCGGUGGGCUGCCGUUGGUGGCAGUGGAAGGGGAGCUGGCAGACAGGAGCUCGGACCCUGCUGGUGAAGAGGAUGUGCUGAAACCAGCAGAAGCAGAUAUACUAGAAGAGUUCAAUACUCCUCUGGAAAACGACCACCAGGAUAACGAAUACAUUCCGCAUAUUCUGUAUUAACUUUCUGAUUGUUUGGGGAUAUUUUUUAUUUUUACUCUCACCUCACAAACUUGAUAAGUAUGGCACAGUGAUUUUGAGCAGCUGCUUUCUUGGGAACCAUAAAGCCCAUACUCUCCUUGUCACUCUGCUUUCUAUGCUUCUUCCAGGCUAGAGAGGCAGCCCCUAGGGAGUUGCCUGUGGCUUAUGAGCCUCCUGCUCUCUCUGCAAACAGGCUGUUUUGCUUGGGCCCAUGGAAGGCUUCACAGUGCUCUGCCACACUACACUUCAGUCGUACAGUCCAGCAUCCACCUGUGUUUCUGAAAGUAAUUUCUUAUUUGCAUAGAUAUGAGUGGCAUUGCAAAGCUAACACUCACUGUGAUUUUAGCUGGCUGGAGAAGCCCAGCUUGGGCUUUUUACUGCACCCCACAGACCCCACCACCUUUUGUGCUAUUAUUUUUAGUCUGAAAG